AUGCUUUGCAUAAAACAUACUCCUCCUCAACUAUUGAAUCCUUUUCUCUUACGGCGAUUUUUCGUCACCUUAAAGCGUAAGUAUCCCUUAUCCAGCCCAUCGUUGACAUGGUCGGAGGGAGUCGUUUCCAAUCUACCAGUCAAACAUCAAGUGUAUGAAGCAACCAAUGCGGAAUGUGUCGAAAAUAACUCGCUUAAAGUUUUGCUGGCAGCGGAUGUCCCUGGUCUCGGUGCAAUGGGUACGCUCGUGAAUGUUCAUCGAAAUCGUUUUUGGCGUUAUUUGUACCCCCUAAGGCUUGCAGAGCUGCCCACUCCGCAGCGUAUCUCCCACUUCCAGAAUAUGAUUAAAGAUCGUUCGCCGGUUUUGUUUGGGGACGCCUACGAGUUGGGUAAACGUCUAGAAAGGAUGACGUUAUACGUUCCAAUGAAUCCCGCGCGCGAUUGGACGCUGAAUAAAACCCACAUCAGGGUAGCUUUUCGCAAGUGUGGUAUCAUUAUAAGUGAGGAUGCCAUCCGACUGCCCUCUGAGCCGGUUACGCGGGACUCGUCUGCAUUCCCUUUCACCAUCAUUGUGAAAGUCGACGACGUUGCAGAUGUGCCCGUUCAGUGCCGCAUAUUUGGAUACCAGAAGCUGGAUAAAUUCACCUGCACCCAGCCACCAACGGACGUAUUCAAACCACUCCAUUUAGACGAUUGGGAGGCGGAUUUCCCCGAACCUACUUCAAGAUACUUGUCUGCCGAAGCUCGCCGCUCAAUCAAAGAACCGUUUCGCAUACAACGCAUCGAUGGUUCGCCGGCGGAAUUUAAGGCAGUCCCACUUUCCCAAAGUAAUAAGACCGCUCUGGACCACUUUGAUCGCUUCUACUCUCAUGCUUACGGCCCCUCAUCUUGGUCUGUCAUGCGUGUCGCACUGCUUGCUCCACCCUUCAAGGUUGCAGUGCUAAAUCGUUAUUGUCCAAAAUUCGAUGCGGUCGCUACAUCUGGUAUCGGUGCAUUCCAUUUGGAUCUUAUUGAUAUAUUACAAAAAUGUCAACAUGUACCCUAUACAACUCAUGAACUUUCGGCUUCCUCAAACCACCGGAUCCCGACGGAAGACUGCGUAGACUUGGAAAAAGAUCUACCUGAUCAGCUCGAUCUGUCCCGUCAGUAUUUGACCCGUGCCAGUGGUCCCGUGAGUGAGCUGGCAAGUCUAUCGGAAUUUGUCCCGGUCACGGAGCUGGUCAGCGAAAGCGAAGUUUUCACUCGUGAAUGUGAUGAUGACGUCACUUUCUCAUCUGCAAUUGGGAACACUCCUCACCUAUCCAACUGUGGAACCUCAUUCGACGCGGUCGAAGAGGACUGGAAUUUACCCAAGUCCCUUCGAGUCAAAUGCCCUAGAAAAGGCAGGGUUGCAGACUUUAUCAGACCACAAGCUGUGGAUGGACACUUCGGCAAGUGA